AUGGCUGGUUAUGGGUGGGAGGAGUACGACAUCCGAAAUGGCGGGCGUCAGACCAUCCACGAUGCUGGAAACACGAUCGAUCUGACGAUCGACUUUGUCAAAACAUCCGGUAAUUCAACCGAAAGCUGGGCGGCGAGGAUUCGGGGGGAGCCGCGAGCAGACGUAUCGGGAGACUUAACGACAACGCUUGUCUUCUAUGCAGGCAUGGAUGGAUUGGGAAGUCUUGAAUUUGCAAAUGAGCACGAUGAUCUGGGUCAGGAAGGGACUGUUACGCUUCACGGAAAGACUGCCGACCUGGGCGACUUCAAGAUAGACAUCACGCGGGGACCAGAUACCAAUGUUGCUCCGAAGCACUACCAUCCAAGCUGGGAUUUGAAACCCUUGGAUCGGACCAUGGCGUCAAGCAUGCAAGUGCCCUCUAAUGCACUUUGGCAGGCUAAAAGCAUCAUGUUCACGAACAUGAAGAGUGAGGUUGACAAUUACAUUGAAGAAUAUGGGCAGGAGAAUCCCCCGCCUGCCUGGCAAAUGUUUACUGUGGCUAACGAUAUCAAAGAAGGCAACUUCCAUAUGGUGCAGAAAACCUUUCUAGGAUCCUUCGAGUUUGACGUUAUCUUUACAGCAGUAGACGCUCCAACGCUGACGUCGGCAGAAAUUUCUACAGCUAUUGUACAGACGUCCAAAUUGUUCCAAACCAAGUUUACAGAUAUCUUCGCUCCAAAGUCACCGUUUACUGACCCUAAAUACACGAACUUCUCCCAAGCCAUGCUAUCAAACCUUGUUGGAGGUAUCGGCUACUUCUACGGAGACUCUCUUGUCGACAGAUCGUAUGCACCAGAAUACGAGGAAGAAAAUGAGGGCUUCUGGGAAGAGACUGCGGAUGCAAGGGCAAGGGCACAAGUCAGUCGUGAACCGCCGACUGAGCUGUUUACCAGCAUCCCUUCGCGACCGUUUUUCCCGCGAGGGUUCCUCUGGGACGAGGGUUUUCAUCUGAUACCAAUUGCAGAUUGGGACAUGGACCUGACACUUGAGAUUGUGCAGAGCUGGUUCAAUCUGAUGGACGAGGAUGGAUGGAUAGCCCGGGAGCAGAUCCUGGGACCUGAAGCGCGAAGCAAGGUUCCUCAAGAAUUUCAAGUCCAGUACCCACACUAUGCCAAUCCUCCCACUUUGUUCAUGAUCCUCGAUGUGUUUGUCGACAAGCUGAACGCAGAGAAGUAUGACACCGCUCAUGCUACUGCUCUAAAGGACCACAUCCGAAAAUUCUAUCCACUUCUCAAGCGGCAGUAUUUCUGGUUCCGGAAGACGCAAUGGGGCAACAUCAAAUCAUAUGAUCGCGAAGCUUUCUCCACGAAGGAAGCGUAUCGAUGGCGUGGACGAACUCCGCGACAUAUACUCACCUCUGGUCUCGAUGACUAUCCUCGAGCACAGCCUCCCCACCCUGGUGAGCUGCAUACGGAUUUGAUCAGCUGGAUGGGCAUGAUGUCUCGCUCCUUACGCCGCGUAGCCGAGUCACUCGGUGAGACAGAAGAUGCCAGCGACUUUAAGAGCUACGAGAACGCCAUCGUGCGGAAUAUUGACGAGCUGCAUUGGUCUGCUUCGUCGAGUAUAUUUUGCGAUGCAACCAUUGAUGACUAUGAAGAGAGUAUUCACGUUUGCCACAAAGGCUAUAUCUCAAUAUUUCCUUUUAUGACCGGGCUUCUUAGGGCCGACAGUCCACGCUUGAAAGCGAUCUUGGACUUGAUUUCUGAACCCUCGGAGCUGUGGAGUGAGUACGGCAUCAGAAGUCUGAGCAAGAAGGAUGAAUACUACGGCACAGACGAGAACUACUGGAGGAGCCCAAUCUGGAUUAACAUGAAUUACUUGAUUGUCAAAAAUUUGCUGGACAUUGCUCAAAUUUCUGGCCCUCAUCAAGAGCAGGCUAGACAAAUCUAUGUUAAGCUUCGGCGUAAUCUUGUAGAGAACGUCUAUCGCGAGUGGGAGAAGACUGGCUUCGCAUGGGAGCAGUACAACCCAGAGACCGGUCAAGGUCAACGGACUCAGCACUUUACGGGUUGGACAAGUCUAGUGGUCAACAUCAUGGUGAUGCCCGAUCUCGGCAAGACUGCGAAGGGGCACGAUGAGCUGUAG